AUGGUGCACCGGCGAAUUUGGGUCAAACGACCCGAUGCGUCUGCCACUCUAGUAUCGAUGCCGGAAGACAGUGUCGUUGACGAGCUACGAGAUCAUGUCUUGCGCAAAUAUUCGAAUUCGCUUGGAAGGACAUUUGACUCACCGGAUUUGAUGGUGCGGAUAUUACCUCGCGCGACUGCGAACCGAGCAGCUGCACCGGAUCGAUUUCUGAGCCCGGAAGAGUCCUUGUUUGCUUUGAUUGAUCAGUAUUAUCCCGGAGGACAAACUGUUGAGGAAGCUCUUGUUAUUGAAGCGCCUACUCGCCGGACACCAAUCAAACCGUCGCCUCGCCAGUCGUUCUACUACCAUGCAGAGCCGGGUGAACAUAGCGAAUACUUUCCGCUUAUGCCAGUCCCAAUCAAUGUGGGGACACCCCCAGGUCAUCCAGCAAGCUCUAGUAAUAGCAGUGCGGGUGCAGCUCAUCAAACUCCUGCCAUGUCUGUCCUUACAACAGGUAAAGUUCCUCCUCUUCCGUCACCAGGAAGCCGUCCCAAUCGACACUCGCGAAGGCCUCCAUUCGCCCGACACACGACCGCUUCGCCAACUGCGCUGGUGUCCAAAGAUACAAAUCUUGCCGUCAACGGACAAGCAGCUUCCUCACAACCGUCUUUGCCUACGCCACCAGCGCCAGCUGUUCCUUCAGAUUCACCAACACACCCUGCGCUUAACACAGUAACCAGGACGGCUUCUCCCCGUCCGGCACGUAGAGCAAAGAAGCUAUCUUCCCCGAAUCCAGGGGCUUUUGGGGGGUUGAUCGAGGGCACAGUCCCACCAAUCAAUGUGCUUAUUGUCGAGGACAAUGUCAUUAACCAGAAACUACUCGAGGCUUUCAUGAAACGUCUCAGUGUCCGAUGGCAGUGCGCUCCAAAUGGUGAAGUGGCAGUUAAGAAGUGGCGGCAAGGAGGGUUCCAUUUGGUUUUGAUGGAUAUUCAGCUUCCUGUAAUGAAUGGACUGGAUGCGACGAAAGAAAUACGGCGGUUAGAACGGUUGAAUGGGAUCGGUGUUUUCUCCAAGACGGCUUCUGGCCGGUCGAGUGCUACGCCUUCGUCUUCUAUACCGGCUGACUGCCCGUUGAAAGAGGAAGACACCUUGCAGGAUUUGUCGUUGUUCAAGAGUCCGGUGAUUAUAGUGGCAUUGACAGCCAGCAGUUUGCAAAGCGACAGGCAUGAGGCUCUAGCGGCUGGCUGCAAUGACUUUUUGACCAAGCCCAUUGGAUUCCCGUGGUUGGAACAAAAAGUAACCGAAUGGGGCUGCAUGCAAGCUUUGAUUGAUUUCGAAGGCUGGCGGAAAUGGAGAGGAUACGAAGAUUCACCACGAGGUAUUGGCGCUACAUCGGAAAAACCAGCGUCGACGAAUUCUCCAUCACGUCUGCGAAAUAACGCUGCAAUUCACGCCGUCAAAGUCUCAGCCAGCGACUCCACCAAAAAAGAGAGCGCAAAAGUCUCAGUCAUUGAACCAGAUGCCUCGGGAAGCAGCAGCAGCAAGGACGAAGAUAUUGAAGUUCCCAUGCCUCAAGGACUAGCCCAAGAACUAAAAGCAGCAGAACCAUCGAAAUCAUCCACAAAUGGGGUGUGACAAUCACUGAGUCGGAGAUUUGCUACACCGAUUGAGCGAAUCCGAAAGUUGUUUCGAUAGCGUGACGAGAUGAUUUGCAUUACAUUGCAUUUGCAUUUGUCUAUUGCAUUUAUGCAUCAAUAACUUUUUUUUUCUCCUUUUAACAUGCCUUUUUUUUUUCCCUAACUCGUCAUACUCUAUGUUUUGUGAUGAAUUUAUCUCAGAUACCCAUUCUCGUACUGUUCUUGCUUCAAUCUCAUUACGAAGGUUAUUCGACAUUGUACAUUUACAUCGACUAUCUCUUCUAAUCGUUUCAGCCUUGCUAUCUCUCUCGACUGGAAAGGGGUCCUGCAAAGAUGCGCAUACGUAUACGACUCAAGUGUAUCAGUUUGUUCCUUUAUAUUGUUUAUAUAACUACUCUUUUUCCAAAUAUACGAUGGGAAUAUAGGGGUUUUCAUAU